GGACCGCCAAAGAAGGAUCAUCGGUGACUGAUUUUUCACCAGGAGGAUGCUGGCAGAACAAUCAAUUGAGCGAGCAAACUCGAGCCCCGAUGCAUGACUUUCUUCUCAGUAGGCAGGGGGCAUGGCACGGAUCAAUGAAUGAGGAGCGAUGGUGUCCCGAAAGCAUCGAUCCCCGAAUGAGCUUCAACUGAAGCUCGUCUGACCACCGUGCUCGAUCCCGCGGGCUGAAAAAAGUUCGCCUUGAUAAACGAUAUCAACUGCGACUGAUUCCGAGGCGUAGUGAAGAGCAGUGACCCAUGGCACAGAGCCACGGGGAAGGGUUGAUCGGGAUUUCAUCGUGAUGAGAAGUCAUCACCUUUGUUUAGGUGCGAGUCUGUUGCUCCAACGUGCGGACUUCGCAGGCGUCAGAUCAAUUCAUGACAGAUGGCAAUCAAGGGCAAUUCAAUCCAGCUUUCGCGAUCACGUGGGAAAUGAAUAAGGCAUCCGGUGGGCCGGGUGCGACCUGACUCGGAUCUGAGAGUCGCCGGCAUGAUCAGGUCCUGCACGGGCAAAGAUGCCCUCUGUUCUCCACCAUAAAAGCGGGCUGGAUGGCCUGCUGAGUGCUCGCCGCCAUCCACAUUCCCAUCAUGCGCUUUGCCUGUCUCGUCCCUCUCUUUUUCGCCGCUGCUGCCCAAGCCAUUGACUUCCGCGAGCCGUACCGGAUCCCCGCGGAGGACACUAUGGUCGAGUUCACCAAUGCGUUCGACAACGCAUGCGCCACUUGGCCCGCUGCAAUCUCGGAGGGGCUCACCUUUUCCCGCUCCUUCGUCCAUGCGGGUAACUUCAACGGCUCAGAUCCAGAUACUAUUGCGUUGAUCUUCUGCACUUGGGCUAAGAACGGCGUCAGCACGGCGUUCACGGAUGACGUCGCCGCUUCGCUUGGGGCCACACAUCUGCUCUAAUACCGUACAACAGAUGUGCAUUGCUUUAUACACACGCU